AUGCUAGAUCUAGUGACAUCACCCAGCUUGACUGUAAAUAAAGAAUAUCCUGACAUUCUGAAGCUUAACCUUUCUAACACUUAUGCUACGGUUCCAGAUGACAUAGAAGGCAACAGGAAAUCUGCACCUCAACAUUCUCUUCAUCUCUACACUACCAAACAUUAUCCCCAUAUAGUAACGGUCCCAUCCUUUGCAACAAUGGCUACUUAUGGGCAGACUCAGUACAGUGCAGGCAUCCAACAAACUGCUGCUUAUACUGCAUACCCACCACCUGGACAACCAUAUGGAAUACCUUCCUAUUCCAUCAAAACAGAAGAUAGCCUGAGCCAUUCGCCUGGUCAGAGUGGUUUUCUUAGCUAUGGAUCCAGCUUCAGCACUGCAGCAUCAGGCCAGACACCUUAUGCUUACCAAAUGCAUGGUACCUCAGGGAUUUACCAGGGACCUAAUGGCCUGACAGGCUCUGCAGGGUUCAGCACAGUGCAUCAGGAGUAUUCUUCAUAUCCCAGCUUCACCCAAAGCCAGUAUUCACAGUAUUACAGCUCUUCCUACAGUUCAUCUUAUGUGUCUGCAAAUAACAUUAGCCCAUCAACCAUUCCAACAUCACCUUAUUCUCUCCAAGAAUCAUCACACAACAUUAGCAGUCAGAGCACUGAAUCACUUCCUGGUGAAUAUCCAACACCUGUAAAAGACAUAGAAUCUGACAGGCAGCACAGGGGGACUGAUGGAAAACUACGAGGGCGAUCAAAAAGAAGCAGUGAUCCCUCCCCAGCAGGUGACACUGAUAUUGAGCGUGUGUUUGUAUGGGACUUGGAUGAGACGAUAAUUAUUUUUCACUCCUUACUCACGGGAACUUUUGCCUCCAGAUAUGGGAAGGACACUACUACGUCAGUUCGGAUAGGCCUUAUGAUGGAAGAAAUGAUCUUCAAUCUUGCAGAUACACAUCUGUUCUUUAAUGACCUGGAGGACUGUGACCAGAUACACAUAGAUGAUGUAUCAUCAGAUGACAAUGGACAAGAUUUAAGCACAUAUAAUUUCUCAGCAGAUGGUUUUCACAGUUCAAAUGCUGGAGCAAAUCUUUGUCUGGGCUCCGGAGUUCACGGGGGAGUUGAUUGGAUGAGGAAAUUAGCAUUCCGCUACCGGCGGGUGAAAGAACUCUACAACACCUACAAAAACAAUGUUGGUGGUUUAAUAGGAGCUCCCAAGAGGGAAACCUGGCUGCAGUUAAGAGCAGAACUGGAAGCACUCACUGAUCUCUGGCUAACGCAUGCUUUGAAAGCGCUGGACUUGAUACAUUCCCGGCCUAACUGUGUAAAUGUUUUGGUGACCACAACCCAGCUUAUUCCAGCACUUGCAAAAGUUCUGUUGUAUGGACUAGGUGUUGUCUUCCCCAUUGAAAAUAUUUAUAGUGCAACAAAGACAGGGAAAGAAAGCUGUUUUGAAAGGAUAAUGCAGAGGUUCGGGCGGAAAGCUGUAUACAUUGUAAUAGGAGAUGGUGUUGAAGAGGAACAGGGGGCCAAAAAGCACAACAUGCCUUUCUGGAGGAUCUCCUGCCAUGCUGAUCUCGAGGCUCUGCGGCAUGCGCUAGAGCUAGAAUACUUGUAGCAGAUCCAGAUGUGUCUGCAGCAGGCUUCUGAUUACUGAAGACACCAUUUAUUUUAUUGGCAUUUUAUGCUCUCCAUUUCUUGAGUGGAGCUCUUUCGAAUGAAAGAACCUACAUCCGAAGCUCCGAAUAUUCAGUUCCUUUUUUGAAAAAUGGAGGAAAAACGUUGAAAUUACUUAAAAACUGGAUGCUUACAACUGAAUGGAACUUUUGCCUUGUACAUAUCUUCCAGGCAUGCAGAAGACCAGGUGUGGGUUUAUUUGAUAGUUUCUUUCUUUCUUUCUUUCUUUCUUUCUUUCUUUCUUUCUUUCUUUCUUUCUUUCUUUCUUUCUUUCUUUCUUUCUUUCAUAAGUGGAUAUAAGUUGGGAAUACAUGACAUGGAGUUUCUACGUAUAGAUGCUGGACAGUUAUCAAUCUGAAUGAGUUUCUGAAGAGAAAAAAACAAUUGAAAUAGAUGUGGGGGUUUUUUGUAUUUUUAAUUUAUGAACUAAUACUAUUACUCUGAUAUUAAGCUCAGUACCUGUGUUUGUAUCUACUGGGUUGGAUGGACUCAACCCAUUCUAAUUUAAUAUCUUUUUUCUCCAGGGUAAACUUUGGGAGAUAAUCAUAAUAGUGUCCAUUUGAAAUGAGCACAUCUGGGACUGUCAGUCUAAGAACUAUAGCUAGUUUUAAAGAACAGUGGCGUGUAGUCUUCACACAUGCCUACAUAGGCUACCACCUUGUUUUUCUCAUGGUUGAGAGGAAGAAUUACCUUGUGAUGAGUGAAUGGCAAUAAAACUAUGUUUACAAUCUAGGGCUAAAUGUUGAGUUUUUGACAUGGAUUACUUGAUGGCUUUCUUGUUUUUUCUCUGGAGAAGACCUUGUAAAGUUCUGCUUAAAUACAGCCAGUAGUUCCCUGAUGAUAAUUGUUUAAACAAUGACAUAACUUUUAAAGCCAAAAGUUGUCUAGAUUUGAUUAGUUUUUAGAAUCUCUAGCAUCUAGAUCCUGAGAGAGCUCCUAUACUUUCAAGAAUUCUGUAAAAAAUCAUCAAGUGCAACUUUUUCCAUUACGUAACAACAGUAACUGAUAAAAGUGCCAGGCAUUCCCAGUCUAUGCAAUUUUUAGAGGCAGAGGAAGGUAUGUAUUAGGUGGUAUGCAGGAAAAUAAAUGCUAGAACACCACCUACUUUACUAAAAGAUUAAAACAAAGUCUAUUUA